UAAACAUCUUCGCCUCUUCAUUGAAGACUGGACGUCGCUCGGUUGCUGCGGGAGAAUUUCGCAAAUCCGUAAAUCCUACUUAAUCUGUUACAAAUAGCAAAUUGAGGCUUUGCAAAGCUUUGGUCUUGGUGGAUGAUUGAGAGAGCUAUCACGAAAUGAAAAGGUCAUUCCCAUGGGAAGAAGCAGUGGUCACUAUAUCAUUAGAUGACUCUUCAGAUUCUGAUAUUGAAAUAGAUAAGCAAGAUAGAGCAAAGCGUGACAAAAAAGAUUGUUCUACUGAAAACCUUGAAGAUAUUACGUCAGAGGGUACACUGAUCCGAAUGGCAGGAAUGUACCAGGAUUACAUGAAACGCAUACCCAUCCCCACUUUUAGUGGCUCUGUUGUUCCAUUUACAUCUUGGCAAGGCUUGGCUCAAUCGCUGAAGCAGCUAUACAAACAGCCUCUACAUUAUCUUACAAAUACUCUGCUAAAACAAUGGGAUAGUGAAAGGUUUGGGAGUGAUAAUGAGCGUCAGCCACUCGAUGCUUUAGUCCAUCCUGUGAAGGCUCAGACUCUCAUCUGGCUCACAGAAGAACUACAUAGGCUCACUGCAUCUCCAUACCAUUUGGCCAAACUAUGGGCUUCUGAUCCUUUGUACCAUUCCCAGAUUGAUCCCUCUCUAUCCAACUAAAAGCUUUAGGGGCAGCUUAACUUCUGAUACCAACUUCUCUUUGUUUCAUUUUACUGUUACUGUAUUGUUUCAAUACUCAAGAAAUUAUUUGGUUUGGACACCGGACAUAGAGAAUCAUCCGGAUUUUUCUCUGUCUACAGUAAAAGUGCAAUUAUUGUAGUAGCUGCGCUUUGACUGCGCUUUUACCGUAGAUAGAGAAAAAUCCGGAUGAUUCUCUUUGUCCGGUCUCCGCACCUAAUAAUUUGCCCAAAUACUCAGCUUUCUUCAAUAACUACUGCCAGUGUGUUUGUGUUGUUUCAGAUGUAUUCUUUCUUUUAUAUAGAGGGUCAGGUUCUGAUAA